CCACAGACCAAGUAAUGACGAUCACCUACGAGCCAAUGGAACGACAACCGACGACUGCUGAAGGCGACAACGAAGAUCUCAGCGACGAUACCGAUGGUCUAGAGUCCGACAGCUCAUGCGACGAGUUCGAAAUACGGGACCAGCAACAUAGGAGAAGACGGCAGUCAGAGGAAUUUGGAGAGGAAGAAGACUUAGGUCUCUUGGAAUAA